AUCUGUACUUCAUCCGCUCUCUCCAUUUGAGCAUUGAAUUCAACGCAGUCAGACAAUGCCUCCAAAGCGCGUGCAGAAAGACCCAAGUGCCGACCCUGCAUCUUGGCGCGAAGAUCAGAGGCGACUGAGAAAUAGAUUGUCACAAAAGGCUGUACGCGAGCGCAAAGCAGCGCGCAUUCAGCAGCUCGAACAGCAGCUUGCUACUGUUACCAAAGGCGGAGACAGCGCCAGGAUUAAUGAGCUGUUAGACACGAAUUCGAGGUUGCGACUUGCUCUCCUUGAUACGCGUAAGAAGCUUGCAAGUCUGUCUGCAACAGCUACGCAACUAGGAGAGCGCAUCAAGCUUGUUUUGGACGAUCAUGUGAAUACAGAGAACGAAGAAACCCAAUCUUGUGAGAAUGAUACUGGACCCCAGGAAACAGAUAUGCUCGAUGAUCAAGCAUAUGAUCUCUGGAAGGACCCUCCAGAUACAGACACUCAAUCUCCACUAACCACUUCAACGACAUCGAUCUCCGUUAGACACGAUGCCGAGCAAUAUCCAAAUAACGAGUUAGAUAUGAUCGACUCCACCAGCAAUAUACAUCGAGAGACAACUUACGCAGAAGAUAUUUCCACGCAUUCCCAAAGGGUGUUGGAUCCGAUGGAGUCCCUGUUCGAGGCCAGCAAGAUGGGCUUCGCUAUGACAAAUCUAUUUCCAGGACCUCGCCUUCAGCCAAAGCUUCACGUCUACCACGGAUCUGUCCUGUCGCAGCAUCUUGAUCAUAUACAUGGACUUGUACGUCUGGGAAGUGGUCUUGAACAGGGCUCAAGGUCAGCGAUACAACGCUCCAUCUUUACACUUCUGGAUGAGCUUGAGCCAUUAAUUCCUUGCAGUAUCCCGCAGAUUAUUGACAACAUGUUCGCCGCUUUCCUAGAACAUGGCUGGCCAUCUGUGAAAUAUUGGUUCAAUGUUACACAGUCUCUUUCACGGGCACGACGUCUUUUGUGGUGGCAGUCCAUUCACAGCCACGAGGCCGCAACUCAGGUGCCGCCUGGCAACACACCAACACUCAUCCAGUUAUCUAGGCCCAGAUACCCAAGCAUCCUCGAUUGGGUGCCACAUCCCGGGCUACGUGAUAUAUUGAUCCUGAAUUACGAAUCCUAUGAUGUGGAUCAGGUUAUCUGCGAUAUGACAGACUCAUUCGUAGUCGAGGUGGAAGGCGCGAUACCUCGGCUGGAACCAUCAGAUUUUGACCAGCCCACGACAGGGAAGGGCUAUGGUUACAAUCUCAUGGAUCUCGUUGAGAAAACACUUGUAUUUGGACCUCUGGAUAGUCAGAGUCAGCAGCAGUUCACGGUGUUGAAAUUGUUGCGUGAAAUCAGCACCGUGAAAUUCUCCUCCUCUUGGGAACAUCCGAUCCAUCGAUUCAAGUUAGACCCUAGGUUCUUCGAAAAGUACCCUGCCCUAUACGACGCUCACGCGGAGAGCAGAUAUAGGCCAAGGUCGCCACCAACUAGCAUGCAGAAGUCUCAACUACCAUUACCAUUUACAACAGAAUCUGUCCAGGCAUAUAUGGCUGCAGCAUUAGAAGCGAGGGGCAGCACAAUAUCUACAUAG